AUUUCAUUGGAACUGAAACAAUGAUUUUCGAAGCUUUCUUAGCUGGUUUUUGGGCAUCUAUUGGCAGUACAUUAGGGAAAAUAUCAGGAACCGAAUCGAUUGUUGGCAAUAGUUACGCAAUAUGGGUAUUACUGUUGACCAUCAUGGUGGUAGUCAACACAUGGGGUUGCAGGCACUAUCUCCGCUCGCUUGAUGCGUGCACCAAUUCAGUCGCACCAACCGUGGUGUCUGCUGCUACAAGUUACAUCUUAUCUGGCCUCAUCGGUAUAUUUCUAUUCGAGGAGGGCGCGUCUAUGACAUGGUGGGCUGGUGCUAUGCUCAUCAUUCUAGGACUGGCCCUAGUGGCACGUCCUCGGAACAAACCUAAAGCUGCAUAGUUUUAUUCGCACACGUAGGGUAGGUAAGGUGAUUAAAGAACAUGAAUACGCGAUAAAAGGUUCGCGAAAAAGAAAUACUGUGAAUGCAACAAUAAAUCAGGUACUUAAGUAAAUAACUAGAUAAUGGAUACCUACUGUAUUAUAUCCUACUAAGUACUAUUAAUCCUACCCACCUACGUGGAUUCUAUUUUAUGUACAAAUUAGUUAAGCACUAAACAGUAUUAUGUUUUUAUUUUAUGGUCAUUCCUUUUACUUGAGUGUUGAUAAUCACUUACAUCAUGUUAACUAAAUAAGUGUUAUUUAAUCAUUAGAUAGUUGUACUUAUAAAAAUCAAUUAUUA